ACUCCGGGAAGCUGCACAAAGCACACUCGCGUCUGAUCCUCUCUCUCUCUCUCUCUCUCACGCACACACAUCACAAAGUAGAAAAGCGCAAGCUUUGGACUUUGAAUCUCCUCGCUCAAUUCUCCUCUUUCUUUAUCUUUGCUGUUGCCGCUCUUCAUUGCUUUCUUUGUUCUCACUCAUUCCCUCAAUUCUCGCCAUCAUUCUUGGACCCAAUUGCAGAAAAAGUAUCCGCCCCACCUUCUCCCUCCUCCCCACAAAAAGAGAAGCUCUCUCUCUCUCUCUCUCUAAAAACCCAACAAUGGCUCCGAAUUUUCGUGACUGAAUUCAGCUUCUGAUGGCGAUCUGUUUGAACGAAACCCAAUCUGCUCGAGCUCGCGUGCCCCUGUGAUCUCGUGCUGAUUCCAUUACUGGGUUCUUGCUCUCCUCGCUCUCUUGUAUGCUUUCCGUCGGUUAGUCUCUGUUUCUUGGAUCGUAGUACAUCAGCACUUUUGUGAUUCAGAGGAUCAGCUGCUUCGUUGCUGCUUCGCUUGUCAUUGCCGACACAGUUGACUGGCUUGACUUCAGCAGUUGAUUCUUUGUAAUCCCUCCAUUGGAUGUUCUCGAAAAAUUCCAUUCAAAGGUCAUUUACGAGCUUCCUCGGGUCCAAUUUAAGUGCCAAGAAACUCGAAUGAGCGUGACCACUUGAGUGCAGUGAGGGACAGAAUCUGCUAGCCGUGACAAAGAACGGAGAAUCACCAGAAUGGAGGAAAGAAAACUGAAUUUCAACAGUCCGCUCUUGUCUGCGAGGCGAUAUUCAAUGCCUGCAUCUUCAAGCUCAGACAAAGGGAGGAAAAUUCAGAAUUCCUUAUCCAAUCGAUGGAACAGGCUCCCCUCGAGUGAUUCGGACUCGAACAUGGAUCAAGUAACUGAACCAGUUGCUGUGCCUUUUACAUGGGAACAUAUUCCUGGCAAAGCUAAGGACAAUCAUGAGAAAUCGGAGGUCCUGCUUUUGGAAGGACCUAGUGUUUCUUCGAGGCUUCCUCCACGGAGGUCUCGGGAAUUUGCAGUUGCAAGACACUUGGAGGGACCAAGCUCAAAUAAUAUCGCUGCUAAGUUAGAUAGCUUCAAACAGGAAAUAACAGAUGAAAAAGAAGGUGAUUUCGAGGAGGAUGAUGAUGAGGAUGCUUAUUCUGAUGCAGUUGAAACAUUGUCUCCCACGGAGUCACUCUCAUUUUCUGUCAAUUACAGCGUUAGUGGUUUGAGUGGAGCAGACGGGCCAGUUGUGAAGCCUUCAGGAACCUUCUUAGUAGAUUCACAGACUAAAGACUUCAUGAUGAGUCGCUUCUUGCCCGCAGCGAGGGCAAUGGCCUUGGAGCCUCCUCAGUAUUCUUCCAGAAAGCAGCCUGCUACAACUGAGCAAACAAGAGAUGUUAAGAAGCUCAUUGUUAGUGAAAGUCGACCUCCUCCGAAGCAAUACAGUAAGGAAAUUGUACAGUACUACAAGCAAGACGCAUGGGAGGAGGAAAGUGUAGAUGAUGACGAAGAUAAAGGCAAACAGAACAGUGACUACGGGAGUAUAUCAGCCAAAGGUUGCGGGUUACUUCCUCGCCUAUGCCUCUUAAAUCCAAUUCCAGGAAUGAAAUCGCGGGCGUCAAGUCCCAUGUCUUUCAUGUCCCGAAUGAAAGGAGUGAGCAAGGAUGGUUAUGCACGAUCGCAAAGCCAGCCUAUCUCAAAGAAAGCUGGUCCUGAGCACAAGUUGGACCAUGGUAAUCCCACUCCUAAGUUACCAGGCGUCGAGAAUAGGAUGCUCAGCAACUCCAGUCGGUUUAAUUUCUCUGGUGAGCUGAGGGCGAGAGGUGGAUUAUCUCCUUUCAGGCGUUCUAGAAAUGAUGGUGUUGCACCACAACAAAAUGGACCAGCUCUGCCUCCUCCUGAAGGAUUUGGAUUUCUCGGCCUAUUGAAAGAAGCCAAUAACAUCGACCCAAGCAAGUUGAAUUUGCUUCUAAAGAAAGUCGACAGUAUGCAAAAAGUUUCAACAAAGUAUACGGCAAAUCAAAGCAAUGGUUUGGUCAGCCCUGCUGCGGAGAAAACAUUAUAUGUAGAUGCUGUAAAUAUUGAGGCAAAAUCAUGUUACAAGUCGAGUUCCUAUAAUUUGGAAGUGCUCUUGGACUGUGCUGCAGUAGAUGUGGAAAGCCAUUCCAACACAAGAAAAACAGAGGAGCACCCUUCUGAAGAAUCUUCUUUUCAAGAUAUAGAAUGCUUGGAUUUUCACAAGUCAGGAACUACCUCGGGACAAGAUAUUUCUGUGCCGAUAGAUGCUAAUUCCUCUUCUUGUUUCGCUACUCUAACAGCCCAAGAGGAGACCAUGUGCAUAUCGGCUCAUGGAGAUUCAAACAUCAACACCACUCCCAUGGUGGAAAAGGUUGAUAUGGAGGAGAUGGAUGUCACUUCACUUCCCUUGCCUUUACUGAAAUCUCCUUCCGAGUCUUGGCUAUGGCGUACCCUGCCCUCAACUCCGUCGCGACAUCCAUUGUCACAUUUGACCACAACCACUUAUUCCAAGAACCAGGAUGCGAAAGUGUCCACCACCGAUACCAAGUGGGAAACCAUUGUAAAAACUUCAAAUCUUCACCAUGAUCAUGUCCGGUAUUCUCAGGAACUAAUUUCCCAUGUUUUGGAGCAACCCAAGUUCUAGACGUGCAAAAUCUCCAUACUAGGAUUGAAGAAGUUGCCUGCUUUGAAAUCUGCGGUGUGUAAAUACGGUCUAAAUGGCACGUACUUAUUUGGGGUAAAAUUCUUUUGGGACUGUUAUUUUGUUCUGCUACAUUCGAUGUUCCAUGUGCUCAUUUUUAGUCCGAGCUACACGAUUAUUGUUGAUAAGAGAGAGAGGCUAUGGAGCUGAGCUUGGAGAAACAGCAGCUGAUGAAAUUCUGAGCAAAACCGAAGUGCCUCAGCCACUCUUUCUUUUACUUUUUUUUUUUUGGUUAAAUUUUAUAUAGAGGUUAACUAGAUAUAUUCCAAUUGCGAGCCCUCUUUGGAGUGGCGAUGAUAGUGCUGUCCACGAUACUUGAGGAAUCCUUUAAUUUGAUGAUUGGAAUUUGUU